AUGACUAUCCAACCAAAUACAAAAAAUGUUUAUAAACAAGAAUCAUCUUCAUUACCUUCAAAUAAUUAUUUAAGUUCACCUACUAUUAAAAGUAAUUUAACAAAACAACCAUCUUAUUCAACAUUUACGAAUAAAACUAUGAAUAAUUCAUUAACAUCUAAUUCAUUAUCAAUAUCAUCAACAAAUAUGAUAACAAAACCUAUACAAUUAAAAAAUUUUGCUUCAAAAACAAUACAGUCAAUGAAUACAAAUAAAAAUGAUAUUUUUGGAUCAAUAAAAAAUAUGUGGGAUGAAGGAUGGCAGAAGAUUGAUAAUUUUUUAGGUGGAAAUAAUAACAUUAAAUAUGUUCAAAAUUUUAUACCAAAUUCAAAAAAAUUAUAUUUAACAAAUGUUACAUAUCAUUUAACAAUAUAUCCACCUUCAGCAUGGACAUAUUGUGAACCAUAUUGUGGUGUUGAAGAUCAAGGUGUAGAUGCUGAAUCUGUCAAUGAUACAAUUAAUGCUGAUGUCAUAGAAUCUAUAAAUGAAGUUUUUCAAUCAUCUUUACAUUUACAAUCUCCAAAUAAAGAUGAAAUUAAAAUAUUUUUUCAACCACAAAAUAUUCUUGGUCAAGGAUUCGGUGAUUUUUAUGAUAGAAAAGGACAAAAAUAUAUUAUAUCUCGAGGAUCUGUUAAUGGUAUAAUAACAAGAGGCCAACUUAAUCAACAAAAAUUUACACAAUCUUUAAUAAUAACAUUUUUGACAAAAUAUCAAAUGAAAGAAAUUAAAUGGGAAAAUAUAGGAUAUCUAAUAAUAGAUAAGAUAAAAAAAAUACAAAAAGGUUUACAAUUAGCUGAACGAAUGAAAACAACAAUAGAAUUGGUAUAA